AUGUCGACGUCGCAACCUCCUCCUCCGGGCGGCGGCGGCGGCAACAAUGCUGCUGCCGCGUUCGACCCGUACACGCAAAACGUCACGUUCCUCGGCCCCGACGGCGUGACGCCCAUCGCGGUGCCCAUCCCGGACAUCAACGCCUUCAACGACACGACCGUCGCCGUCACCAUCAACUACGCGAUGCAGAUGGGCUGCUGCCUCAUCAUGCUGCUCGUGCUCCUCACCAUGACGCGCCCGCUCGGCAAGCUGCGGCGCGUGUCGUCGAUGCUCUACGCCCUCGGCCUGGCCACGUGCAUCGUCCGCAACGCCAUCUUCGUCGCCUUCUUCCUCUCCCCGCUCAAUCACUUCUACCAGAGCUUCGCAGGCGACUACAGUGACGUCCCGCGCACCUUCAUCGCCAACAGCGUCGCCGGCACCGUCAUGUCGUGCCUGCUCGUCCUCGUCGUCGAGGCCGCCCUCAUGAACCAGGCGUGGACCACGGUCCGCCUCUGGGCCGAGCCCGUCCGCACCAUCCUCGUUUUCGCCUCGGGCGUCGUCGUCGCCGUGGCCGUCGCCUUCCGCAUCGGCUUCCUCAUCGUCACGGCGCGCGCCAACGUCGAGCUCUUGCCCACGGAGCCCGGCGACGAGUGGGCCGUCCAGGGCUCGCUCAUCACCCUCGCCGUCUCCGUCUUUUGGUUCUGCGCCCUCUUCAACCUCAAGCUCGUCAAGCACCUCGUCACCAAUUGGGGGGUCCUGCCGUCGAUGCGGACGCUCACCUCGAUGGAGGUGCUCAUCAUGACCAAUGGUGUCCUCAUGAUCAUCCCAGCCAUCUUCGCGGGCCUCGAAUGGGGAUCCUUCCAAAACUUCGAGUCCCAGUCCCUCGUCACCGCCUCCGUCAUCAUCCUCCUGCCGCUCGGCACCCUCAUCGCCCAGCAGAUAUCCGGGCGCUCGCGGGCCGGCCGCCGCGGCGGUGGCGGUGGUGGUGGAGACGGAGACGGCAGCGGCGGCUACCCGGCCUGCAGUCGCAGCUCCUGUUCCUGCGGGUGCCAUCGUAGUGCCGGCAGUGGCGGCAGCGGCGGCGGCACCAACGCCACGAGAGGAGGCGGAGGAGGCGGAACAGCCAGCAAGACGAUGCGCACGUCCCGCAGCACCACCGGCAUCGCUGUGAGUCGGACCGCUACGGCCGCUGAUGGGAGGGACGGUGCGACAUCUCCAAGCGCCGCCGCGGCGGCCAUGACAACAACCGCAGAGGAGGCGACUCCGGCGGCGGUAGCAGCCCAGGACGAAAAGCUCACCUUCUUCUCCGCCCUUCGCCUCCACAGCCUCUCAUCGUCCCUGCGUCUCAACCAUCAUCACCACCUCGCCUCCACAGCCACGAGCCCCACGACUAGCACCACCCUCUCCGCCCCCUCGCGACACGGCGGCCACGGCGGCGGCGGCGACGCGUCGCUCAUCCCAAAGGCCGCCGAGGAGGAGCGCGGCGGAGCCCUCGACUGGUCCGACGUCCCUGCCCCCAGCCCCAGCGGCGGCCGCAGGGGCAGCAGCACCAGCACCACCACCGAGCAGGAAAGCGGCGGCGGCAGCGGCCAUCAAUAUCAUCAUAAUCACCACCAACACCAGCAACACCGGCAGCAUCAUCAUCAGCCACCACUGGACCAGUUCGAUAUUGUGCUCCGGCAGAUCGACUCCGAGACGGACCUGCCCGGCGGCGGCUUGUUCCACCCUUACCACCGGCGCGACAGCGGGUAUCCGGGCGGCGAAGGCAAGGACAGAGACCUGGAAAAGGGUGUCUAG